AUAGCGGGACCACUCGAGCUUGUUGUUGUGGCUGUCAGGCUGGGUUUCAAUGGCUUUUCUGUCCUUCUGGGCGUGAUCAUCGGCAUAGGAGCCCAACCGGAAACGACAAGAACAACUUAGAGACGGUUGGGAAUAGCCUGCGUGUCGAAAUUCCACUGUUUCUUCAGAUUACGUGUGUUUGCGUGGUGUCCGUGGUUUAGGGAAGAGUUGUGGCAUGCAGUCGGGAGGCCAGGUCUCAGUGCCCCGCCGCCACGCGAACGUGCUCUGGGUCUAAAAGGUAUCUUCUCUGGACUCGGACCAAAUCUUUCACCUUCUAGUUCGGGAAGUUUCACCGUUCCUCGGGUGUAACUAAUGGUGAGCUUGACCUCAAUUGGAGAACGGUAACCAUACAGCGAGCUGGGGGUCUGAAUCCAACAGAAGUCGGUAUUCUCUUCCGGGCCUUAGACCAGUGCUAUUUGCCGGUCGGAAGGCGUGCCAAAAUAGGUCCUGGUGGGAGACCGGAUCCCGGCCACAGUGUGGAUCCCAGUGGUACUGGUCGCAGGAUGUGCCACAGUCAUCUCAGUGAAUAAUCAAACCAAAGUUACCAGACAUAGAAGAAAGGAGACAACUGAAUCCAGGGGCAAAAACCUCAGCUUCUGGACCAAACUUUCAGAGUGACAUCUGGAUAACAUUCCCAGACUUGCUUCAAUCAUGGAGGCAGAAGUUAGAUUAUGCUGGAUACUGCUUGUCGUAGGAGUUGUUUCCUUUGUACUUCCAACUGCUGCUCAGCAAGCUGAAUCUGUCUCCAAUCACCUUUCUCGCUUUCCUGUCUAUUCCUCCUACUACAAGGCUCUUCAUAGGAUAAGGCAUAAAAACCAGCCCACUAGACACAAAGAAAGGCACCACAGGUCCAGGUUCUGGAGAAUAAGAGGGGGAAGACAGAAUGACAUAGAUACCACUGACAAGGUGAGUGAGCUUGCUCUAGACUGUGCACUCAGGAAUAGCCAAGCUGGCCCGACUACAUUUGCUUAUGUGGAUGAGAACAGUCCAAAUGGCACUAUACUAGUCCCUUACAUGGACAUUGUUGGUGAGACAUCAGGAGAAAAUGCCACCAUAACACUGUCACUGAAGGACACACCAGACUCUCACUGGGUCAUCCUGGACCCAACAAACCAGACAUUGUACCUGAACGUUACAGGAAACAACACAUUGGACAGAGACGGCACAGCUGGUAACAAUGGCAUCACCUCACUGAGGGUCACAGUUGUCUGUGUCAGCAACACAUGGGGAACGAUUGAACACCCGGUGACAGUGGUGGUGACAGAUCUGAAUGACAACGCUCCCCAGUUCCACCCUGACUCGUACUUUGUGGAAGUCAAUGAGCUGACUCCAGUGGGGAUCACCAUCCUAGAUGGCUUCUCUGUAACAGACUUGGAUGGCACCAACGAGAUCAAGUUCAAGAUUGUUGAGAAUGAAGAUGAUCCUGUAGCAGAUGAGUUCUUCACCAUUCCACUGCCAAAGACUGGGGCAAUUGUGGUUUCCAGACAAUUGGAUUAUGACAGUAUGGCACCACCCAGACAAUAUCGUUUGAAAGUGGAGGCCUGGGACACAUCAGAUGAACAGGAUCCAAGCAAGAACACAGCUCACACCAUUGUGACAGUGAACAUCACUGACGGAGACGACCUGGGACCAUUGUUUGAGCCUUGUUGUGACCCUGUCACAUACAUGGCUAAUGUUACAGAGAAAAGUGAACCGAAUUUCCUAAACCCCAUCCCAGUCAGCCCCAACAACAUUGCUGCAGUAGACCAGGACAAGAACAUCCAGCCUGUGGAGGAAAGGCCAAACAUUGUCUACAGUUUCUUUUCAGGGUCUCCUUCUGUGUACAGAGAGUAUCUCUCCAUAGACAACAGAACGGGUGACAUCAUUCUGCAGAGAGCAGUAAACAGAGAAGACUACCAGACAUUCAGCAUAGUUGUCAAGGCAGAGCAGGACAGAAAUGACCCCAAGCCAGCAUAUGCCAACCUCCUGAUCACAGUACUGGACCUGAAUGACCACACCCCAGAGUUUGAUGAGCGGGAGUACGUGGGGUUUGUGGGAGAGAACAGUGUGGCUGGUACCACUGUGGUGACCAGGGAGGAUGGGGCUGAACCACUAGAGAUUAGGGCCAUGGACCUGGAUGGAACAGAAGUGAUGUACUCUUUAUUGAACUAUACUGACAAGUUCCGCCUCAGACCGGUGGGAGACGUGCAGUACUUAAUCAUCACUCAGAGUCUGGACAGGGAGGAACAGGAUACAUAUGAGUUAUCUGUGAUGGCCAGUGAUGGUGAGUUGACCAACAUGACCACAGUUGUAGUGACAGUGGUAGACAGGAACGACUUCACCCCACAGUUCCACCCCCCUGGUCCCUACAUCACCAGACUUAAGGAUGACGCUCUAGCCGGGCAUGUGGUUUAUGAGCUGAAUGUGACGGAUGGUGAUGGUGGUGCGUACGGGGAAGUUACCUUCAGCAUCCUCCAUGUUACCAACAAUGGAGAGAACAAGUUUGCUGUGCAGGAGCGGAACGGAACUGUUACUCUGGAAGACGAGAGUCUCCUGACGGGGGAGGUGUACACCCUCACUGUAAUGGCUGCAGAUGGGGCUCCAGAGGAUGAACGCAAGUCUUCAGUUACAACUCUGGAGGUGAGAGUCAUCCCUGCUAACAACCAGAGCAGGCCGACCUUUGACCCAGCCAGGUACUAUGUCUCCAUUAGUGAGGGAGCGCAGAUCGGCACAUCCCUGACUACAGUCCAUGCAUUUGAUGCUGAAGGUGAACCACUUCACUUUGGGAUCGCUGAUGGGAAUCCUGACAACACUUUCAACAUCUCCAGCAAAGUAAAUGCCACAGAGGAAGGACAGAUCAUCUUGAACAAAGAGCUGGAUAGAGAAGAUAUCCCAGCUUACACCCUGAUUGUUCUGGUGGAUGAUGGGAAUGAAAAUGGGACGGCGACAGCUACAGUUGAAGUUGUUGUGACAGACAUCAAUGACAACAACCCCAUCUUCAACUCAUCCUUUCUGACAGAGUUUACGAUCCAGGAGGAACAGGACCCACCUGUGUUAAUUGGCAGGGUGGAGUCCACUGAUGCUGAUAUUGGAGCAAAAGGGGAAGUAGAAUAUCACCUAGUGUCUUCAAGUUUUGAAAUCAGUCCCGUCGGAGCCAUUUAUGCCACACAAAGGCUGGACAGGGAAGAGCAAGACCAGUACGUCCUGGUGGUCACUGCAAAUGACAAAGCACCAGAUGGGAGAAGCUCCUCCGUAACUCUAACUGUAAAUGUUACAGACAUUAAUGACAACAGCCCACAGUUCCCUGAAGAUCUGUAUGAGGUUGUGCUGGAUGAAAAUGAGAAUGCCACAGUCCUUUUGACUUUGCAGGCCACAGAUGCUGAUCUGGAUCCCAGCCUGACCUACUCUAUAGCUGAUGGGGACACCUCAAUGUUUACCAUUGACUCCACCACUGGGCAACUGUCCAACCUACAGCCACUAGACUUUGAAAUGGGCCCUGAAUAUACACUUGUGGUGCAGGCAGAUGAUAGCCAAAAUCAAGGCAACACCACAGUCAUAGUUGCUGUAAAUGACAUGAAUGAGUUUGCCCCAGUGUUUAGCCAGAAUGUGUACACAGCAGAGGUCCUGGACAAUGCUGUGGUUGGCACAAUUGUCACUACUGUAAAUGCCACUGAUAAUGAUGUGAAGGGCACCCCAUCAGCACAGGUCCUGUACAGACUUGCUGAUGAGGACAGCAUGGCUGCAGGCUUGUUUAGGGUGGACAGAGUAUCAGGUGUGGUCACCUCAAGGGUCAACCUCAGAGAGUCACCAGGGGACACAUAUCAGCUGGCAGUGGAGGCCUAUGACGGAGGUGAUCCUGUCAUGUCAUCACAAACAACAGUCAACAUCACGGUGCUCAGUUCCGACACCCGACCUGUCUUUCAGAAAAACCUGUAUGAAGUGCCUUCACUUAGUGAGAACACCCCAGUAGGAACAGAUAUUGUGAAUGUAUUUGCUGAAGGAGCAGCAGCAUACAGCAUAGAGAGAGGCAAUGCUGAAGGAAUUUUCCGGAUAGACUCGGGUGGUGUAGUCUAUGUGAACAAGACUUUAGACCAUGAAGCUGUCACAUCCUACAGACUCCUUAUAAGGGCAUACAGUGAUCAGCCAAUGAGAAAGAGGAGAAGGAGAGCCACAGAAACUGAUGAUCCAGACUACGCAGAGAUCCUCAUUGCCCUUCAGGAUGAAAAUGACAACCCUCCUGUUUUCACUCAGGACAAGUAUGUUACAGGGGUCACAGAGACUAUUGGAACAUUUGCUAGUGUCCUCAAGGUUGAGGCCACAGACUCAGACAGUGGAAACUUCAGCACAGUCCGGUACUCACUGAGACAGUCUGGGGAGGAGGAUGACACAGGAAAUUUUGCCAUCGAGGGGUCAACAGGGGUCAUCAAGACAGCCAUACCCUUUACAGGGAAGAUGGGCAAAGUGCUGACCGUCACGGUGGAGGCUUCCGAUGGUAACAACGUAGCAUCUGCACAGGUUUUGGUUACUGUCAUGAAUGAGGACAACAAAGUCAUCUUGGUGGGGAAUGCACCAGCAACUAUGGUGGAUGAAAACCGUGACAAGCUCUUAAACCUGCUGUCCAACAUCACUGGAGGAGUUGCAGUAAUUGACAACAUCAGCCCCAGUGUACAAGCAGGAACUGUGGAUGCCACAAAGACAGAAGUGGGAUUCUAUAUAUUAGACAAAGAGACAAAUCAGCCAAUGUCCAAAGAGAGAAUAUUAGAAAUUUUAGCAUCCAAAAUGGAUGAGAUCAACAAGCUGUUUGGCAGCUUCUUUCCUGGGGAUGAGGUGUUGGAGGUCCGUGCGCCGGAGGAGAGACAGGUCAUCACCACCAGUCUGUCCUUCACCGAGGGGGCGCUCAUCGCACUCGGCUGCCUCAUCUUCCUGGCUAGUGUGGUGGGAAUCAUAGUCAUCAUCAUCACAUGGAGACGGCGGACGAAUGCUAUGAUGCAGAAACACCGGCUGUUAUACAUUCCCAACUAUAAUGCGUAUGAGGAGCUAGAUGGCACGAACACCAAUGGUGGAGUACCAUAUCUCAGGGCCUACGAGUCACAGGAAGUGAAAAUGGAGAUCCCAGAGGGGACGGACCCAAAUGAACAGGACGUGGUGUUCCAGGCAGAGGACGGCAGCUUCUAUGCAAUACAGAUGAGGAACCCUGUGUUUGACAAAGGAUCCUUUGUGGACAACAGGAGCGACCAACGCUUGAUCUCAGAAGACGAGCCACAGAUCACACCGUAUGAUGAAGUUGCAGACGUGGAGGUGGAGUCCACAGCUUUCAGGGGCAGCCUGGACGUCCAGCGGCACCCAACUACAAAGUACCAGUCCACCAUGAUGACCACCUUCAAGGCACCAACAACAGCGACUGAGGAUCCAGACAUUGUUCCGUACGAGGGUCCAACGUCCCAACUUCACCAAAAUCAGUCUACUUCCCCUGCCGGUCAGGGGCAUGAGAGGCCGAAGGGACGUCAUGAUGCCCAGGGGGUUCCCAUCACUUUGUUGUGAAGUUAAAUAAAACAAUGAGGCCUAGGGAAAAAAACUUCCAAACCAACAAAAAAUGUUGUUUCUAUUGAUCUCUAUUCACAUCUCGAUGUUAUAGCUCGACAAUAGACAUCAAGGGAAGCCUUCGACUUAAAGGUCCCAUACACCGUUACCAGUAUGUAUAUGACUAAAGAUUAAAGAAGUCCAUAGAGUUUUACCUGCUUGACCUACAGUUUGCCGAAAUUGCGCUGCAAACAGACUUUGAAUCUUAAAGAAAACAAGUGGUUUGGUUGUCAACAUGCUUUUUCUGUGUACAUAAGAGAUAUGCCUGGGAAAGUCUGCAUUGUGCUAAGAGUGUUGUACCUUGGCUAAAAGUUCUUAACGUAUAGUACCAGCUUUAAGAUGUGCCCUGUAUCUUCCCGUAUUCCUCUGGUGCCAUCUAGACAGUAUCAUGGAUGCAUAAAGAAUGAUUUAUAUUAGAUGUUGCUAUAGAUGGAUAGCUAUUGAUAAGAUUAAGCGUGGUUAUUGUACAUCUUACUGUGUGUAUGUCCCUGGUGGACAGUUCUUUGCAGAGUAUUAGUGUAUCAGUGUCUCUUUUAUUAUCAAGGUUUGGGUCCAAAUUGUAUAUUAUUAGUAUGUGUACCAGUGACAUAAAUGCUGAUGUACAGAUUGACUUUUUCACUCAAGAGAGAGCUGAUUGUUAAAAAAUUAAGUCAAAUCGUCUUGAUUUUACAUUAGGGAAUUUUUAUUAAAAUUUUGUCCCAUUUGACAGACGGACAAUGUUAUACAAUGAGUUUGCAGCAGGCAAGGUGACAGGACUUAACAUAAAAAUAAAGUUCACCGCAGCUGGAGAGAACACAUAACUGUUGUGGUGUCAACUGUAGAGAAUGGAUAUUUUGUAAAACAGACGAAACAAUAACAAGUAGGGUCUCCAGACUGUGUUUUCCAUAUUAAGUCUAGUCUAAGUGUCAAGAAGUUUCCAUCAGACCAAUUCAAGUUCUUUUCAAGAAAGUUUGCUCCUAACAAAAGAUGGUUUUAUGAAGUCAGACCUCUGCAUUUGCCAAAAAACUUUUGAUGAUACUUGGAGUGUGUGAGUAUAUUGUGAACGUAUGAGUAUCUUGUUGCUAUAGUAAUGUGACCAAAGAGGUAUGCAAUAUGACAAUAUGUCACAAUGUGGUGUAAUAUUGAACUUGAAGUGAGCAAGACUGAAUAUUGUACACAUGUCACGUUUGGUGUUCUUGUAUACAAACUUAGAAGUAAAACAGUAGUACAUGUAGAUCAAUCUGAUAUAUGCAUUUUUUCACCAAUAGCACUUCACUUUUUUAUCUUUUCUUUGCUUGCAUUGUCAGUAUUAUUAAAUUGGAAAGAGUUGAUGUC